CAGGGCUUCACCCGCGCAGGCGCAGUCGCCUCUGCUGGCGUGGUCCCCAUGGAGCUGCCGUAGCGGACCCAGCACAGCCAGGAGUAUCCGGGAUGAGCUCAGCCGCGGCCGACCACUGGGCGUGGUUGCUGGUGCUUAGCUUUGUGUUUGGGUGCAAUGUUCUUAGGAUCCUCCUGCCGUCCUUCUCAUCCUUCAUGUCCAGGGUGCUGCAGAAGGACGCGGAGCAGGAGUCACAGAUGAGAGCGGAGAUCCAGGACAUGAAGCAGGAGCUCUCCACGGUCAACAUGAUGGACGAGUUUGCCAGAUACGCCAGGCUGGAAAGGAAGAUCAACAAGAUGGCGGAUAAGCUCAAAACCCACGUGAAAGCUCGGACAGCUCAAUUAGCCAAGAUAAAAUGGGUGAUAAGUGUCGCUUUCUACGUAUUGCAGGCUGCGCUGAUGAUCUCACUCAUUUGGAAGUAUUAUUCUGUCCCUGUGGCUGUUGUGCCGAGUAAAUGGAUAACCCCUCUAGACCGCCUGGUAGCCUUUCCUACUAGAGUAGCAGGUGGUGUUGGAAUUACCUGUUGGAUUUUAGUCUGUAACAAAGUUGUGGCUAUUGUGCUUCAUCCAUUCAGCUGAAUAGGAAGAUGGAUACAGCUAUGAAACUUUUAGAAAUGGAUUUUCUCUUAUUAGGUUAAAAAUCUGAUUUACACUGUUUUGUUUUUUAAGAAACAAAUGUGCACAGUUUCGAUUUUUUUUUUGUUGAAUAUGUUUGUUCUUGGACUUUAUGAGAGAUUCUUAUAAGAAUCAUGAUUUUCUACACCUGUCAUUGAGCCAAGAAAGUCCAGUUUAUGACACGUGUGUACCAGUGAACACCGUCCUAGAUCUGUACGAAAUGUGAAAUGUUUAGGGACAUCUCCGUGCCGUCACUUGUGAUUUGCCCUCUUGUGUAUUUUGGUCAUAUUGCCAGCUGGAAAGUCAAAAUUUUCUAACAACUUUAAGUUCUUUGAAGACUUAGUGCUGUUUUUAAUCCAAUUUAGAAAGUAACUUAAUUUUAAUAGCACUACUAAGAAUUCAAAAAGUUCUUCUUUAAUCACAUUCAAUACAACUAAAAGAACAACACUAAUUGGCGUUACUGGGGCUUUUUCUUCCUUGGUUUAAAAUGUCAUUUGUUGAGGAAGCAUUGUGUAGUAUUAUCUACUUACUUGAGGCUGUUAAUUUUUCAUUACAGUGUUUUGUAAAUGUAUCCACAAGACCAUAAUGCAUUGUUUUGUGCUCAAAUUGUGUUUUGUGUUUAAAGCAUUUUGAAUGAAGUGUAUUUUAUAAGCAUUUAAUAUUUAUGCUCUUUAGAAUGGAACACAGAAAACAAACCUUAUACGGCCUGAUUAAAUUAAUCUGAACCAAUAACCUGCGUGGCCCACAAAAUCUAAUUCUGCUAAAUGUUUCUUCAAACACUUUUUCUAAUUAAAA